AUGUUAAUCCAUUUGAUCCUUUUCUCUGGGACAGUUCUUUCGACCGUGUAUACAACUGCCUUAGAUACGAAGGAAUUAGUAGUUAUAAUCUUGAGUCAAAAAGAAGGUUACCAUGCUGCACAUGCUGAUAUUCUACAACGGAGUAUAAAGGAACAAGCUAGCGUUAUGGAAGUAGAAGUACCAAAAAUUGUGUUAACUCAUCAGUUAGAUGUUAAAGGAUCUUGGAUAGUCGUACCAUUGUUUACAUAUUUAUCAGAUAAUUAUUCAAAUGUAAAGUGGUAUUUUUUUUGUUUAGAAAAUACAGUCGUAAAAUUGAGUAAAUUGUUAAAUGUAUUUUCUCAAUUUAAUUCUAGUCAGGAAUUAUGGAUUGGACACGCAUUGUAUGAUGUUGAACCUACUAUCAUUCAUCAUUUUGCAGAUCAUAAAAAAAAAUUUAAAUAUCCCCAUAUUGCUACCGGAUUUGCUAUGACAUCGAAACUGUUAAAUAGAAUAGCACAGGAAAGUUCACUUGAAUUUAAUGCCAGUAAUGAUUUUUCUAUUGAUGCUUCUUAUGAAUUAGGAGGUUUUAUUUUGAGAAGCAAAAAUCCUAUAAAAUUAACUCAUGUUCCUCAGCUAUGUGUUGUUUCUACCUCUGAUUGUGCAACUUAUCCUAGGUUCUUUCAUCCAUGUGAUACAACAAUUUCUUUGAAGAAUGUAUAUUUUGCGAUAAAAACUUGUGCCAAGUAUCAUACAGAAAGAAUCCCAAUCAUCAAAAAAACAUGGGCAAAAUAUGUUCUAAAUAUUGGAUAUUUCAGUGAUCAGGCAGAUAAAAACUUACCUGAGGCAUAUACUGUGACAAAUACUACUAAAGGACACUGUGCCAAAACUUAUGAUAUUUUAAAAGAAGCUGCUAAUAUAUUGAAGAGUAAAAAUCUUGACUGGUUAAUCAUAAGCGAUGAUGAUACUAUUUUCAGUGUGGCACGAUUAAUGCGUUUAUUAACGUGUUAUUAUCCUAAGAAUCAAAUUGCUAUUGGCGAGCGUUACGGUUAUCGAGUAUGGGAUAAUUCAUUUGGAUAUGAGUAUUUAACUGGUGGUGCUGGUAUUGCUCUGUCUGCACCUCUUGUUUAUCAAAUGAUUGAUUCAGAUGUUUGCAAAUGUCCAUCAUCAAAUACACCAGACGAUAUGUUUCUUUUUGGCAUAUGUUUACACAGACUGAAUGUACAGCUUACUCAUUCUUCUUUAUUUCAUCAGGCUCGUCCUGCAGAUUAUGCUACUGCUUAUCUAGCCUCACAAGAACCUGUAUCCUUUCAUAAAUUCUGGAUGAUUGAUCCUAUAAAAGUAUAUAAUCAAUGGUUUUCUGAAGCAGAUAGUUCACUUCCUGUGCCCAGGAUACACACUGAAUUAUAA